UCAAGAAAAGAGCCAUGAUAGAAGAGGUAAAAACCCAAGCUAAAGUUGGUGUUGGGUUGAACGCCCUCUGGAAAGCUUUGACCAAAGAAUUGAGAUUUCUGGUUCCUAAAGUCCUGCCAAACAUAGUGAAGGAUGUGGAAUUGAUUGAAGGAGAUGGUGGCCUUGGUACACUCCUCCUCUUCAAUUUCUUCUCUGGUGAUGUAUCUGUAGCAGCGUAUCAGAAGGAAGAAAUUGUGGAGCUUGAAGAGUCCCUUCAUCGAAUUGCUCUUCAAGUGCUGGAAGGUGGACAUCUGAAUAAGGGUUUUUCCUUCUACAAGACAACUUUCCAACUAAAUGCAAUUGCAAAGCAGGAGACUUUGGUUGAUGUCACAGUCUCAUCUGAGACUAAAACAGAUCAAGAAAGUACCGUGCCCUCGAAGACAAUAGAGGCCACAUUAGAAUUUCUAAAGUGCUUAGAAACCUAUAUCAUGAAUGGCGCUUCCUAGAAUUUUUUUUCUUUUUCCUU